UUUUCAUUUUAUUAACAAAGUGAAUGCAAAAUGCUCCCAAAUCACAGUGCUGACUGCUGAAUAUUUGCAAAUUUAACAGUUGUAUAAAUGGUUGUGGAGCCUACUUCCAUUCCAACCAUACCCUAGUCAGAUCCCAUCUUUGGUCCCAUUGCCUUGCCCUCUUCUCACUGUGCUACUUCCCCUUCAGACUAGUUUCUCAGUCUUGCAGACAAAUAUAAAAAUACUAGUACUUCUCUACCCCAAGAAAUAAGAAUCAUAGGAAAAUUAAAAAGCAAAUGUCUUAUAAAGUUUGAAGAAAGUCACACAAUUAAUGAUAGUAGACAGAGUGUGAAACCAAAGGGUGAAGUUAAGAGGGUCAGAGACAGGUUUUAGUUAUAUAUACACAGCGUGCUUAUCAAAAAACAGCAAGAGUUUCUGAAUCCCCCCAAGACUUGUUCACUCCCCCUUCUGAGAAAAAAGUACAGUUUUUGCCUUCAUUUUCAACGAGUUUGUCCUUUUUCUUCUUUUCUGUAACCGGUGUGAGGUGUCUCCCAAAUACUCUCAGCUCAUAAAUUUCCCUCAUCCAAAUUUCUCGCCACUUUAAUUUCCAAGUGUGUUGGCCUUUCACUCAAUAGUUGUGAUCCAGUUGACGCCUUAAUGAUAUGUAGUAUAUUGAAUAAGGAACCAGAUUGAUUUGGUUGGAGGCGAAAUAGAGAAACCACCAAACUGUGUUUCAGUUUGGUAUCCUUAUAUAAAUCGUGUGGUUGUGUGCAUGGGAUUUGAUAUCUUGCAUAAUUGGGAAUCCUUCCAGAACAGGCAUGGAUAUUCAGGAAGAGAGCCCCGUGUUUGGAUCCUUGAAAGCCAUGACUACAAGGAAUAUGUCAUCAUCAUCUUCUGCUUUCUUUUCAGCAAACCAGUCACCCUUCUUCUCUCCAAGAUCACCAUCAUCAUGUCAAUUAUUAGAGUCAGCCAGGCUUGAUGCUCCAAGUAACAGAAUUCAUUUAGGUUUGGCUCCCUCAAGCACCACUUCAGAGAUUCCAGAACCAAAUUCACUAGUAAAUGUUAGAUGUACUUUCUCAGAUGUAUCUGCAUCUCCAGCUGGAUGUAAUUCAGCUGAUUUGCAGAAACUUAAUCGUAUAUCUUCCUCAGUUGGCAUCUCAAGUAGCAGCGUAUCUAGUUACUCCAAUCGCCGUGAGGAUGGUUAUUCUGGACAGAAAGAAAAGCGAAUUAAAGAAGACAGAAACCAUAGAACAUCCUCCACUCCAGGUUCCACAUCAUUUUCUUCUUAUAGGCUGAGGAGUUGUGAUGUUUUCAUAGGAUUGCACGGCAGCAAACCUCCUUUACUACGAUUUGCUAAAUGGCUGUGUGCUGAGUUAGAGACUCAAGGCAUCAGUUGCUUUGUUUCGGACAGGGCUCGAAGUAGGAGUUCUUGCAAACUUGGCAUUGCAGAGAGAGCUAUGGAUGCUGCUUCUUUUGGGAUAAUAGUUAUAACAAGGAAGUCUUUCAAGAACCAAUACACCAUUGAGGAGCUGCAGUUUUUCUGUAGCAAGAAGAAUUUGAUCCCAAUAUACUUUGAUUUGAGCCCAGCUGAUUGCCUUGUAAGGGAUAUAAUUGAAAAGAGGGGUGAGCUGUGGGAAAAACAUGGAGGGGAACUUUGGCUUUCGUAUGAUGGGUUGGAACAGGAGUGGAAAGAUGCAGUGCAUGGCCUCUCUCGGGUUGAUGAGUGCAAAUUGGAAGCUCAGGAUGGCAACUGGAGAGAUUGCAUACUGAGGGCUGUCACAUUAUUAGCAAUGAGAUUAGGAAGGAGAAGUGUGGCAGAACGUUUGACAAAAUGGAGAGAAAAGGUAGAAAAAGAGGAGUUUCCUUUUGCAAGAAAUGAGAAUUUUAUUGGCAGGAAGAAAGAGCUUUCACAGUUGGAAUUUAUACUUUUUGGUGAUGUCACUGGAGAUGCAGAACAAGACUAUAUUGAACUUAAAGCCAGACCCAGGAGAAAGAGUGUGAGAAUUGGUUGGGGCAAGAGUAAUGUGAUAGAUGAGAGAUGGAGGGAAAGACAUAUGGGAAAUGGCAGCUGGAAGGAAAAAGAACCAGUUGUAUGGAAGGAGUCAGAAAAGGAGAUUGAAAUGCAAGGUAUUGAGUUUUCUAAGAGGCACAACCAUCUAAGGCUCAAGCGGGGAAAGUAUAGUAAGAGGAAAAGAGGAAUGAAGAUUUUGUAUGGGAAAGGAAUUGCUUGUGUUUCUGGGGAUUCAGGAAUUGGAAAAACAGAACUUAUUCUUGAAUUUGCUUACAGAUUUCAUCAGAGAUACAAAAUGGUUUUAUGGAUAGGAGGAGGGAGCAGAUACAUAAGGCAAAACUAUCUCAAUAUCAGAUCUCUUUUAGAAGUUGAUGUGGGAGUUGAGAAUGGUUUGGAGAAAACAAAGAUAAGAGGCUUUGAAGAGCAGGAAGUAGCAGCAAUUUCUAGAGUUCGCAAGGAACUGAUGAGAAACAUUCCGUAUCUUGUGGUCAUUGAUAACUUGGAAAGUGAAAAAGAUUGGUGGGAUCACAAACUUGUUAUGGAUCUUCUCCCUCGUUUUUGGGGAGAGACCCAUGUAAUUAUAUCAACACGCCUUCCUCGCAUCAUGAACUUGGAACCUUUGAAACUUUCAUACUUAUCUGGAGUUGAAGCAAUGUCUUUAAUGCUAGGUAGUGGCAAGGACUAUCCAGUUGCCGAGGUUGAUGCCCUGAGAGUUAUCGAGGAGAAAGUUGGAAGGUUAACUCUUGGCCUUGCCAUUAUCAGUGCAAUUUUGUCUGAACUACCCAUAACACCAAGCAGGCUCCUAGAUACCAUAAAUAGAAUGCCUUUGAAGGAGAUGUCAUGGAGUGGUAAAGAAGCUCACUCGUUCAGGAAGAACACUUUCCUUCUGCAACUUUUUGAUGUUUGUUUCUCCAUAUUUGAUCAUGCAGAUGGUCCAAGAAGCUUGGCCACCAGAAUGGUGCUGGUAAGUGGAUGGUUUGCACCUGGUGCUAUUCCUGUUUCCCUAUUGUUACUUGCUGCUCAAAAGAUACCAGAGAGAUGUCAGCGAAAAUGUUUUUGGAAAAAAGUACAGCAAUUAUUAACAUGUGGAUUCACAUCCUCGUAUGCCAAAAAAUCAGAAUUAGAAGCAUCUUCUUUGCUGCUGAGAUUUAAUAUUGCAAGAAGUAGUACUAAGCAAGGCUAUAUCCAUAUCAAUGAGCUCAUCAAACUGUAUGCUCAGAGAAGAGACGAUACUGGGGCUGCACAGGCCAUGAUUCAAGCUAUCAUCAAUCAUGGGUCAAUAUCACAAAAUCUGGAGCAUUUAUGGGCUGCUUGUUUUCUGUUAUUUGGAUUUGGUCAUGAUCCUGUGGUUGUUGAGGUCAAGGUGUCUGAGCUUUUAUAUCUUGUCAAAAGAGUAGUUCUGCCUCUUGCAAUUCAUACAUUCAUUACAUAUUCUCGAUGCACUGCCGCUCUUGAGCUUCUGCGUCUGUGCACCAAUGCAUUGGAAGCUGCAGACCAAGCAUUUGUUACCCCAGUUGACAAGUGGUUGGACAAAUCACUUUGCUGGAGAUCCAUCCAGACUAAUGCUCAGUUGAAUCCUUGCCUUUGGCAAGAGUUAGCAUUGUGUAGAGCCACUGUUCUCGAGACUAGGGCCAAGCUAAUGCUAAGAGGUGCUCAAUUUGACAUAGGGGAUGAUCUGAUCAGGAAGGCUGUUUUUAUUAGGACUUCAAUUUGUGGUGAAGAUCACCCAGAUACCAUAUCUGCUCGUGAAACACUGAGCAAACUUACCAGGCUUCAUGCAAAUGUCCAAAUUCACAGUUCAACUUAGAUUUGUAUGUUUGUAAGGAAACUCUAGAAUUAUACAAAAAAUUUCUUAUAAAAUUUCUGCAUACUAUUUCAUGCUUCUUCUACAGUA